AACUUUGUUUGUUAUGGAAACUUGCUUCUGAAAAUUGUCAAGCGUUUUAGCGCUUAUGUUCACAUCUUCAAGUCUCAUAAUUACUCUUUAAUAAAUCCUCUUCUUGAAUUAAGCUCUCUUGGAGGGGUUUAAUUUAAGCAAUAAUGCUCUGUUUCUAGGGUUUGUAGAUGAGAAAUGUCUUAAGGUUCUGUUUGGUUAGCUGCAUAGCGUCCUAGACCGCUGUUGGUAGUGCGUUUUUAGAGUCUAAAACCACAAUGAGACAUUGUGGGUCUUGUGUCUGAUUGUACUAAAUGUGUUUGGUGGGUUUGUCAGGCAUUGAGGUUGUCCACUUGUUUCAAAUGGUUAAAAACAAUUUUUUUACCCAUACAUUUUGGUUUUAAGGUUUGUACUGUUUUCACAUUAGGGUUUUCCUUUUUAACAAUAGUACAGUAAUAUAGAUUUGUUCUUGUUUAUUAAAUGCAUCUUUUCAGAGAUGUGAAAACUAACAAUUUCUACUUAAUUAUUCUCUGCAUAAGCAUGUGUUUUCUGCAGAGAUUAUAUGGAUGCAGUUUUUUUUAGUAUUUGUUUGAUUCUGUAGCAGCACAUUUUGACUAAAUAGCCUCGCAGAAAGAGCAAACAUAUUCACAUUAAAAAUAGGAAAGAAAUAAAAAAGUAGAUUGGGUUCAUUCAUAUUAUCAUUUAAAGAAAUGGUAUAGACACAACUUGUGGAUUCUUUUAUUCCUUCUCUUUUAUAAAAAACAGCAUUUUCUAAGCAUGAACCAUGAACUCUUCACAACUCUUGAUGUUUAUUUUAAAGCAGUAUUUAUUGUAUAUAUGCAUCUUUUGUGAUAUUUAUGUGCAGAUCUCUCUUUUGUGAAUUGAUCACUCUUUUUGAAAACAUUCUUUUACUUUGAGCCCUUUUUCUCCUAUAGUUACUUCACUAGUUUCUUUGGUAAAGCAAAGUCCUGUUCUGAGAAUAUCACAAAAGAUGCUUGGCCCUCCAUUAACGGUCCUUGAUCCAAAUGGAGACUGUCAGACCAAUGGUUGUUGUUCCUAAGGAGGGUAAACUCAGACGCAAGUUUGCUAAAGUUCUUAACAUUCAUAAGCUAAUGGGUGUUGCUCCAGAAGAGGAAAUGAAGAAGAUAAAGUUUGAUUCCAAAACUGCUAAUUUGACUGAAUCUUUCUACAAACUUGAGGAAGAGUAUGAGAGAAGCCUAGCACUGGAAGCUCUUCUUGCGAAGCUUUUUGCAACGGUUUCUUCCAUCAAAGCGGCUUAUGCACAGUUACAGCAUUGUCAGUCUCCGUAUGACUCAAUCGGGAUUCAAAAAUCAGACAACUUGGUAGUCGCAGAGCUUAAGACAUUGUCUGAGCUGAAACAAUGUUUCUUGAAGAAACAAGUGGAUCCAAAUCCUGAAAGAACUCUGGUUCUCGCGGAGAUUCAAGAGCUGAGGAGUUUAUUGAAAACGUAUGAGAUCAUGGGGAAGAAGCUAGAGUCUCAGUACAAGCUCAAAGACUCAGAGAUUGUAUUUCUGAGAGAGAAACUUGAUGAAUCGAUGAAACAGAACAAGUUGACAGAGAAGAGACUAAACCAAAGUGGACAACUUUGCAAUCCUCUCGACAAUCUUCACCUGUCAGCGCUAAAUCCAACGCAUUUCGUUACUUAUCUGCACCGCACAGUCAAAUCCACAAGAGGAUUCGUGAAGCUAAUGAUCGAACAAAUGAAGACCGCGGGAUGGGACAUUUCAUCGGCUGCUAGUUCGAUCCAGCCUGGUGUUUUCUAUCACAAGCAAGACCACAAGUGUUUCACUUUCGAACACUUCGUCUCCAAUGUAAUGUUCGAAGCGUUUCAUCUACCUUACUUCUCAACCUCAAGCAACGAUUCAAGAAGCUACAAGAAGAAGAAACAGAGCAAAGCAGAGAGGGAAAUGUUCUUUGAGAGGUUUAAAGAACUGAGGUCAAUGAAAGCGAAAGAUUAUCUAACGGCACGGCCUAAAUCAAGAUUCGCUAGGUUCUGUAGAGGAAAGUACUUGCAGCUUAUACAUCCGAAGAUGGAACAAGCUUUCUUUGGACACUUGCAUCUGAGGAACCAAGUCUCGGGUGGUGAAUUCCCAGAGACGAGCUUGUUCUCUGGAUUCCUCGAAAUGGCGAAAAGGAUUUGGCUUUUGCAUUGCUUGGCUUACUCGUUCGAGCCUGAAGCUGAGAUCUUUCGAGUACCAAAAGGUUGUAGACUCUCUGAAGUGUACAUGAAGAGCGUAACGGAGGAAGCGUUUUUCCCGGCGACGGAGAGUUCGCCGGAAUCUGAGCCGCGUGUAGCGUUCACGGUGGUUCCAGGGUUUAGGAUCGGGAAGACUUCAAUACAAUGUGAGGUCUAUCUCUCGGUUUCGUGAUCACCGUCCGAUCUAAGAUUCCAAAACGGACGGCGAGGAUUUGUUGGACUGAGAUGGUGGGUCUUCAAGGACGAUUUGGUAAUUUCGAGAAUGUGGGAGAAAAUAUGUGGGCCGUUGGAUCAGAAGUAGCGAAGUAGUGUUUGGUCUUAAUGUUUUCUGUGUCUUUUGAGUUUUGUCGAUAUUAUUUUUAGUUCAGAGAACACAAGAGGCAUCUUUUAGCUGUUGUCCAUUGAAUAUUUUUAUCUCCUUUUUCUCUAAUAUAAUAUGUAAAUAUUUUAUGAUU